GUCUGCGAGCCCCCUUUUCCUGCGGGCCGACCGGCGGGCGGUCGACUGAAAUGAGAGGAAACCAGCGGCGGGGCGGAGCCCUCCGGGGCGUGCGACCGAGACGCCCAGGCCCUCGCCUCCUAGAGCGGCGCAGGAAGGGGCGGGGCCAGCGGCUGGCCCUUCCUGCCGGCGCAGAGGCGCGGCUGCUCGGCUGGACAGGUUCGCCAGGGUCGGCCGCGGGCAUCUGCGGUGCGGCGGGGCUCGGAGACGAGGCGUCCCCUCCGGUCCGGGGACCCUGCGAGGGGCGCGCUCGCCCCGACCUCCAUGCAGGAUCUCACCGGGUCCCUCUGGCGUCUCGUGGGGCCCCCGCCCCGGGCAGUGGCCACCCCUCUUUCGGCUCUCGGGCGCCGCGGGGAGGAAGGCGAGGCGCGCUUGGACCCGCUCCGCGCGGAUCGAGGCGAAGGAGUCCCCGAGCCCUCGGCUUCGACGCCGCUGCGGGCCCGCUUGUAGACCCGGGAUCUACAGGCUGCUUGGGUGUACGUUUGCCCUUGGAUCGCAAACCCACUAGCAAUGUAGUCUGUCUCUGAGACCCAGGCUUCUGAGGGCGAGAGAGGUUACCAGGGGGUGUCCUGCUGCAGGUGGAUACCCACAGCUUCAUGUUACAGGACGCCUGGCCCAGAGAGUGAAGGAGCUACCCUGAAGUCGCACAGCAGGUGCCAGCGCCCCGGCCUUCAGGCCAGGGCUGUCGUCUGCUCUGGCAUGGUGGAUUGAGCUUUCUGCCCGGCUGCAGCAGUCACCAGGCCUACAGGCCUGUGCAGUGAGAAGACCAAGACGAUGACCUCAGGCCUACUCCACUUUUAGUAAUUAUUUUAUUUAUUCCUUGGUGUGCACAGGAUUUAGAGAAGUGAGUACGUCCAGUCUCCCAUUAAGUACCUGCCAGCUUGAGUGAGGCAGACAAGACGAUUGUCUAGAAUGUUUCCUGAGCAGCAGUAUGUGCAGCUCCAGCCGAGUAACUAGGGACUCAGGGGUGAAAAAGACAGGAUCCUCGUCCUGAAGAACCCUCUCCUCAUCGGGAGACUGCUACAUCAGUGACAAGCCACACGUGGACUGACAGGAGUCCUAGUGGGGGAACAGUUCUUGGAGUACAGCCGACAGGUGUCAGGCUCAGUGGGUUCAAGGACCACUCCUCUCCAUCAAGUGGGUCAGCAUGGAGCCAAGAUGAGUUUACGCCUGCCCUGGAGAGCUGCGGGCUAGGGGGUUGAUGGCAUUUUCCUGUUGGUUUUUGGUUUUCACCUGUUUCCUGCUAAUGCUGGACCUCAGCCAGGCUCCAGCCUGGCUGACUGGGGCUGCGACCCUCUGCCCUGCUUCCACCUGCCUCCCCAGCAGAGGUGCCCAGUAUUUGUGCAUGCUUCCCUCAGCCUACAUGGCCUCCCGUCUUUCUCAGUUCUGGCUCCCACCUGAUGCUAAGAACUGCUUCCUUCCAGAAGCUACCUCCAUUAGAGGUUUCAGAGAGUGACAUUGGCCUGAAUCCAAGUCAGGUGUAUCUAAACGUUUUCAUUUAGAAGAAACCAGACUCUCAAACUCCUGUCAAGAUGGGAAACCUGUCCAGUCAUUUUAUGUGUUGCCUCUGUGCAAUAGGAGAGCAAAGGAAAGCCCAAGUGCCCCCUCUGACUUAAAGGGAAUUCAAAGGAUUUAUGCCUCAAAACAUAUGUCACUUGGAGUGUUAUCACCCAGAGCACCUCAUUUUGGCAUGAGACAGCCUGUCAGAAUGUGGACCUCCCAGUGGAUCAGGAAACCAGCUCAGGCCACGCGAGGUCUUCUCAAGGAUGAAUUGAGGACUCAGAACACGAUCUGCUUUCUUUGGAAAGUGCUCUCUCCUAGUCUUGUGGAGAUUUCUUUUGCUAGCCAUUAAAAAGCCUGAAGUUUGUCAAGGCUUUAUCCUGGAAUUCCGUUAGUUAGCACUGAGGAAAGAGGCAGGUCAAGGAAGCUCAGAAAUAAUACCAAAAAGAAAUAGGUGAAGGUUCUCAGCGAGUGAAACAUGAGCUGUGCUGGUGAUGUUUCUACAAGCACCUGGGCCUGACCUGUCGCUGGGACCGACUUGUUCCUGUUUGAAUUUGUGGUGAAAUUGGAAUGCUUUUAGAUGGGCUUAGGGACAGGCAAUGUCAGAUUUUUUAGACAAUGCAAGCAAGAUGCUAGCUGAUGGUUCCCUGGGGUUUCGGCCCUCAGUGGAUGAGUCAGCUCCAGUUACGUGCCAUGAAGAGAAUGAGAGCCAGAGUUUCUGUUCCAGAAAUUCAGUUACAAGCUUGGAAAAAUAGAGUUGUAUCUAAAGCAAGACCUUACUGAAGAAGUGGAGUUACAAAGAAAUUCAUAGGCUGGAGAAUUUUGCUACUGGCCGUUCUCCUUGGCCCUUGCCAGCUUCCAGCAGGCCUUCCUCUUUCCUUGAAACAAGAAGGAUGGAAAAGCUCACAGGCAAAAAAAAGAAAACACAGAUCCCAGAGGAAGAAGUACAUGUGCAGAAGGACAGUCCCAAGGGAGAGAAAGCAUCUGGGGAAAAAAAGCCAAACCAGAGAUCCACUUUGGCCAAAAAGCGCAGUAAGGAACCCAGCCUGAGUCCUGAGGAUGAGGAGCACGUGUUUGAGGCCUUCGAUGCUUCGUUUAAAGAUGACUUUGAGGGGGUUCCUGUGUUCACUCCCUUCCAGAGGAAGAAGCCCUACAAAUGUGUUGAAUGUGGGCGUGUCUUUAAGCACAAGACGGAUCACGUUCGCCACCAGAGAGUCCACACUGGAGAGAAGCCCUUCCAGUGCGCCCAGUGUGGGAAGACGUUCAGGCACAGCUCCGACGUGACCAAGCAUCGGAGGAUUCACACCGGAGAAAAGCCCUUUAAAUGCAGUGAGUGUGGCAAAGCCUUUAACUGCGGUUCGAAUCUCCUGAAACAUCAGAAAACCCACACUGGAGAGAAACCGUACGAGUGUAAGGAAUGUGGGAAGAGCUUUGCCUACAGCUCAUGUCUCAUUCGCCAUCGGAAGCGUCACCCUCGGAAGAAGCACUGA